AUGGCUUCCGAUGCUCUAGCUUCCCAAACUUCUUCUCCCUAUCUUCUACACCCUUCUAAUUCCCCUAGUCUAAUUCUUGUAACCGGCCAUCUCACUGGAGAUAAUUUCCCCAGAUGGCAACGCGCACUUCGCCGAGCCCUCAGUGCAAAAAAUAAAUUAUGCUUCGUUGAUGGCUCCCUCAAAGCACCAAACACAACUUCUCCUGAUUAUGCCCAAUGGAGUAGGACCAAAGACAAGGUCUUGACUUGGAUUCUUAAUACCAUCAUUCCCUCCUUAGCCAAUUCCUUAGAUUACCGUGACGAUCCCCAUGAUGUAUGGCUCGACCUUGAGUCACGGUUCUGCCAUGGCAACAAUGCCUGCCUAUUCCAGCUCAAACGAGAAAUAUCUAACCUUCAUCAGAACCAACUUUCCAUUCCUGAUUAUUACAACAGCAUCAAGCAAAUUUGUGAUGAACUCGACAAUCUUCAAUCACCCACCGAUGCUAGUACUUUGGAAAAGAGAGCCGAGGAUGAGCGUUUGUUCCAGUUUCUACUAGGUCUCAAUGACUCAUUUGCAGCUCUUCGAACCCAGAUACUAGCCACUGAUCCUCUUCCACCCCUCAACAAAGUUUUCUCUAUUCUUUUCCAAGAAGAGAAACAACGACUCCUUCAUGUCCCUCAGUCACUCUCAAAAAACCUAGCCCUUGCCGCCAACCAUGAACCCCGCAGCAAUCAACCAUCACUUCUUGGAAAACCACCUGUUGCUACUGCUAGUCUUGUCAGCUCCACCUCAAGCCCCAUGCCUGGUCUAUCACAGGAAAACUACCAGCAGCUGAUGAUGCUCCUUCAUCCUCCUUCUCCGGCCGCUAAUUUUGUGGGUAACUCCUCCACAAUGCCUUGCUCCUUCAACCCACAGACGGACUGGAUCAUUGACAGUAGCGCUAGUGAUCACAUGAGCCAUUGUCGAUCCUCCUUCUCUAAUCUAAAUUUGUCUCCCAUUGCUCGUACAGACCCUCCAUUGAAGAGACUGAUUGGAGCGGGUGAGGCAUGUAAUGGGCUCUACCUUUUUCGCUCCCAUGAGACCGUGGCAUUCUUUGUUCGUCAUCUUGAUAAUAAGACACUGUGGUAUCAAUGCUUAGGUCAUCCUUCUAGCUUUAUUAUUCCCACAAUUUUUGAUAAUCCAUGUACUCUAUCUCAUUGUGAUGUUUGUGAGCAUUCAAAGCACACUCGUUUACCUUUUCAAAUUCAUGCUGAUAAAAGUUCGAAACCUUUUUAUCGUCUUUAUUGUGAUAUUUGGGGUGGCUAUCCUACCGCUUCCAUUUGUGGCGCACAUUAUUUCUUAACUAUUAUUGAUGAUCUUUCAAGCACUACAUGGAUUUAUUUAAUGCAUUUUAAAUCAGAAACCUUUAGUCACUUAAUGCAUUUCUUCGCUCUUAUUAAAAAUCAAUUCAACUCAUCAAUUAAAAUAAUUCGCAUCGACAAUGGACAAGAGUUCCUUUCACAUAACCUCCAAACCUAUUUUCACACUCACGGCAUCAUCCAUGAGCGUGCUUGUGUUGAAACUCCGCAACAAAAUGGCGUUGCAGAGCGUAAACACAGGCACCUCCUAAAUGUUGCUCGUAGCAUUUGCUUUUAG